AAUCAUUGUUAGUUGUUUUUGCAACAUUGAAGCAACACAAAGCAUUUUAUUUUGUAUUCUAUAUUUUUUAUACUUCGGGUUUUAUAAAAAAAAAAAGUAAAAAAAAGGAAAGUGAUGAAUUCGGUGUGUAGAAAGUAAUUUUAAUGUAAAAAUCCUACCUCGACUUAAAAUUUAUAGUGUUAAUUUUAAUUAGAAAACCACCUGUUGUAGUAAAUCUUUCGUGUAAAUAUUGAAAUUUACUUAGCUAAUGACGAAUAAGGAAAAAAUUGUCGAUAAAACAAAAUUGAAAACGAUAUUAAAAACAUUCCAGACAAAAUUUAAUAAAUUACGCAAGAAUAAAUCAAUGAUGGCUGGAGAAAUUUUAUAUAUAAAUAAUGGUAAAAAGGAUACAAAACCUAUACAAAAAAAUAAGAUGUCAUUAUGGAGAAAUAUUUUACAAAUAAUUUACAGAAUAUCUCUGUUAUUGGUUAGAAAUAUUUUACAAUUAUAUUAUGGAAAAGGUAAAAUAAUGCCACCAAUAAAAGAUUUAACAUUAUUAGAAUCGGCUACGUCAUUAGCUCAUAAAAUACGAACAAAGAAACUUAAAAGCGUUGAUGUUGUAAAAUCUUUUAUUGAUAGAAUAAAUGAAAUAAAUCCGAUAUUAAAUUGUGUUGUUGAUCAACGAUACGAAGAGGCUCUAAAGGAGGCUGCUAUGGCAGACGAAUUAAUUGAAUCUGGUAAAUUAACUGAGGAUGAAUUAUUAAAGCAGAAACCAUUUUUAGGUGUACCAAUAUCAACUAAAGAUUGUAUACAAGUAAAAAAUAUGAUACAUACAGCUGGAUUAUGGAAAAGACGUAAUGUACGUGCCGUAGAAGAUGCAAAAGCUAUAGCAUCAAUGAGACAAGCUGGUGCUAUACCAUUUGCAUUAACAAAUAUUUCAGAAGUUUGCAUGUGGUGGGAAAGUUUUAAUACAAUUCAUGGCCGUACAAAUAACCCAUAUGAUACAAGUCGAAUUGUUGGUGGCUCAAGCGGUGGUGAAGGUUGUAUUCAAGGAGCAGCAGCUUCACCAUUUGGUAUUGGUUCAGAUAUCGGUGGUUCAAUACGUAUGCCAGCAUUUUUUAAUGGUGUAUUUGGACAUAAACCAACAAAAUUUAUUGUACCAAAUCAUGGACAAUUUCCAGCACCAUUUAGUGAAGAGCAAGAUUCAUUUUUAGGAAUAGGACCAAUAUGUCGUUUUGCAAUUGAUCUUAAACCAGUACUUAAAAUUAUCGCAGGUCCAAAAGCUGAUAUUUUAAAAUUAGAUGAACCAGUUAAUUUAAGUGAAAUAAGAUAUUUUUAUCAAGAAGAUGAUGGUGGUGGAUUUUUAGUUCAACCAGUUGAAAGGGAUUUACGUGAGUGCCUUCAUAAAGUUAUAAAACAUUUAGAGCAAUCUGUUACUAAAAAACAACCACCACAACGUGUACAAUUUGAAAAAUUUAAACAAUCUGCAGCUAUUUGGUUUGCAAAUAUGAAGGAUUCAUCGGGAAAAGGUUUUGACCAUCAAUUAGCUAAUUUAGAUGGUGAAAUAAAUCCAUAUACAGAAUUAUUUAAAUGGUUCUUUGGAAGCUCAAAUCAUACAUUAGUUGGCCUUUUGACAGCGAUUAUUGAAAAAGGUCAAACACAACAUGGAACUGAUAAGCAUUUAUAUCUUGUUUCAAAAAGAGAUGAAUUAUUAUUAGAAAUAAAAGAUUUAUUAGGUGAUGAUGGUGUAUUAAUAUAUCCAACACAUCCAACUGUUGCACCAUAUCAUACAGAACCAAUUGCAAGAACAUUGAAUUUCUCAUAUACGGCAAUAAUUAAUUGUUUAGGUUUACCAGCAACUGCUAUACCAUUAGGUUUAAAUAGUGAAGGUUUACCAUUAGGUUUACAGGUUAUUGCUAAUCAUAAUCAAGAUCGUUUAUGUUUAGCUGUUGCAUUAGAAUUAGAACGUGCAUUUGGUGGUUGGACAGCUCCAACAAUAAAUGUUUAACAAAUAUAUAUACAUACAUACCUACGAUUUACACAAAAAAUAUAUACAUAUAUAUAUAUUUUAUAAAUUAAUUCCAUUAUCGAAUUUUUCGGAUUAUAACACGACUUUAUAUACAUACAUACAUAUAUAUAUUUUUAUGUAGAUAUUUUUAUGUAUUUAAACUAAUUAUAUUUUUGCAAUCGAACAAAUAAAUUUAGAGAUAUAUAUACAUAUAUAUAGUAUAGGUAUAUAUACUUAUUGAUAUUGUUAUAUAUAAUAUAAUAAUAAUGUGUAAUUAUAACUCAUUUUUAUUUUAUUUUUUUAUUAAUUUUUUUAUCAUUAAUAUUCUUUUGUAAUAAAUAAGCAGUCUAUUUACAAGUACAUACUUAUAAUGUAAUCUAUAAUAUGUUUGUAAUAUUAUAAUACGUUUUCUAUGUAAAUUUCUAUGUUAUAUUUGUGAAUUUAUAUGGUAAAAAAAAAUAAUUGGAAUCUUUUAACGUUUAUAUAACAAAAUUGUUUUCGUUUGAAUUAAUCAAGUAUUUUUAGAUAAGCAUUUUUUCUUACAAAUUUUAUUUUUAUACACAUAUAUACAUAUUAUUAUUAUUAUUAUUUAUAUAUUUAGUUUUAUAAUAGUUGAGAUGUUAUUAAAUCCCAAAAACGCUAUAGUUUUUCAUACAUAUUUUAUUAUAAAUGUUUUGUAUUAAUAUAUGUAUAUGUUUUCUUGAAAUUAUAUAUUUUCGUAUACGUAAAAUAUUAAAAGUAAAUUUAUUAAGAAAAAAUGCAUUGUAUAUGUUUUAUUUUUAGAAUUGAAUAAAUUUGAAAAUUAUAUAGAACGAUAAACUUGGUGAAAGCUCCAAUAACAUAAUAAACAAAAAAUAAUUAAAAAUAUUAAAGUGAAAAUUUUACUUGUGUAUGUACAUAUCUAUCUAAUUACCUACAAAAAAUUUAAAAAUAAAAGUUUACAAUUUAAGAACUUGUAUAAAUUAUAAUGUACUUGAAAAAAAAAUAAUGUAAUAGCAUACAUACAUACGUACCUCACCAAACCAAUAAGUUGUGAUAUACCUAAAGCGCAAUAAUCUGUUAAAUCAAGAGCUGUUUCACCUAAAGAUUCACAUCCAUUUUGAUGAUAAAGUGCAACUUCUAAUAAAGAAAUUAACGAUGCUUCA